AUGUACAAGCUGGCCUCUGUGGUGGUAUUUCUCGCUGCGGUCUUGGCUGCUGCGGAAGCAGGUGUUGUUGGUGGCUCUUAUCCGUGUCAGCCAACCGUUGGGACCACCACCUACGACCUCACACCCUUGGCUGGCUCUAUCUUUCCCAUUACCGCUUACUUGCAAGGCAACAACUACUCGUGUGAGGUAGCCUUCUGCGAUGAUAACGAGGCACUAGAGGGGAAUGAUGGGGUGCCAGGCACAGUAGUGUGUUACUAUCUCCGGAGGGCCGUGGCUGCCUAUGCAGAGACCUCAUCCAUCUCUGAAAUCUCCGGUGGGAUAAGCAUCUUUUCUCUGGGCAGCGUGCUAAACGACAGGCUGCGCUAUCAAACAACAAUUAAUUUGCUCUGCGACCAGGACAGUGGGAGCACGGCUGUUGCUGUCAAUGGCUCGUUCACCGAGGCAAGUGGCAACAUUUAUCUGAAGCUGGUAUUCACCACGGCACUUGUGUGCACAUCGUCUUCAUCAUCGCCAUCGCCAUCGCCAUCAGCAUCGGCAUUGGCAUCAACUUCAGCCUCGCCUGUGCGUGCGGCCAGCAGCAGCAGCGACCACUCGGUGGCAAUAGCAGUUGGCGUAGCGGUACCCGCUGUGUUGGUGCUCGUGCUGGCAGGUGUUGGCUUCGUGGCCGUUGUGGCUGCUCUCUGGUGGCGUCAGCCUAGAUUCAGCACUUCGGACUCCUCCCACCCGCUGUGA